AUGUCUGUAUCCCAGCAACUUAUCGACACCCACAGAGCCCUCUUUGAAAAGGCAACUCACCAUAAACUCACCCAAGAACUAUGCGCGGGCACUUUACCGGAUAGAAAGCUUUACAUUUACUUGGCCCAAGACUUACAGUUCUUUCAAAGUGGGAUGAGGCUUUUGACCAAGACCACCUCUCUGGCGCCGGACAACGACAGUUUGUUAACAUUGGCAAGAAAAAUUGGCUUCUUUGCAAACGACGAAAACGACUACUUCUACGAAUGUUUGGAAAAGACGUCUGGAAGCUUGGAUAAAUCAGACCAAGUUCGCUUCAAAACUACACAGCUUCCUCAGGUUGAUAAGUAUAUCGCUUAUCUCGAAAAAUGUGCCAAAGAUGAGGACUCAUAUGCCAAACUCAUCACUUUCGUUUACUGCAUGGAAUUGGUGUAUCUUGAGUGGCCCAGGUAUUUCCCUAUUGCUUCAAAUCUCCACUGGAAAUACCAAAAGUGGAUCGAUCUGCACGCCGGUGAACAUUUCGAAACAUGGUGUGACUUUCUGAGAGCUGAGGUUGAUAAAUGCAGCUUCAAAGAGGUGUCUGAAACGUUCGAAAACGUUUUGAAGCUCGAAUACGAGUUUUUUGAGGCCUGCUACCAGCAUUGA